AUGAAUGCUUUGGAUGACAACAGUGGUCAAAGUACCCUUGAUUAUUCCACUGCGGUAAUCCUAUUGAUGAUUUUGAACAUACAAGAGUCUUUCGCCGGUUCCCCAGCACAGUGUCCAAGACAGAGUUUGGAUUGUCUGGAGAGACUCUCUUUGGCUCAUAGGCUGAUUGACAAGGUCUUCACUCAAGGGCAUAUCCGAAGCUUGCAGGCUCUGGCCCUUUUUGCGCUCUUCAAUCAGCUGAGCGGCCAUUGUCUAACCUUGACUACAAUGAGCGGAAUCAUGGUCAGGCUCGCCCAGUCGCUGGGACUACAUAGACACGCAAGACGAUUCAAAAUGGGCGAGGGAGAAAUCGAGCUUCGAAAGCGCUUGUGGUGGUGGGUGUAUGUGUUUGACAGGUAUACUUCGAUUCUACAUGGAAUACCUCCUCUCAUCAAUGACGUCGACGUGGAUAAUGACUUGCCUAUCGAUUGCCAUCUUCAGGACUUGGAGGCCGCGGAGCUUUCUCAUCCCCUGCCCGGUGAACGAACAUCGGUAUUUGUGUUCCUACAAUACGUGAGUCUCGGGAAAAAGUCAUCGCAGAUUCUUGAUCUGCUCUACACGACCACACAGCGACGAGAUGGCGCGAGGAAGAUUACUGAGCUAGAGCGUGACCUCCGCGUCUGGAACCAAAACCUCAAAGCAAAUGGCAUCGUCUUCGACAUCGGGGAUAAUGGCCUGCAACAUCUAGACGGCAACGCGUGUCAGUCUUACGAUAACGCAACCUUGUGGCUCCAACUCAUGUCAAAUAUGAUAAUGAACCUCAUACAUCGCCCUGGGCUGUCUUUUGACGACACAAGCCCAGAAUUUGUUAUGUGCCUCAAGGCAUGCCUUGAUUCUGGCACUGCUAUUUCAUCGCUAGUUCAAACAUUGCAAAUUCCCAGGUGGCUUCGCAAUCUGAGCUUGAUCGGACCAUCUACGAUAUUUCAAUCCUCACUCGUCCACAUCUACUCUCAUCUCAAAUUCGGCAUGUCUAAGCCAAAUGGACUCCCAUCUUUGGAUGCUAGCAUGAGUCAGGUUUCAAAGGCAAUCUCAUUAUUGACAGCGGAUGUUCAAAGUUCUCUUAUCAACCAAACAGCGGAGGACUUUUAUCGUCAAUCUCUCAAUGAGAUCAUCGAAACUCUGCAAACACUACUCUCAUCUCUGCCAAUGGUUACACAAAGUUUCUUGAGCACCGAACUUCUAACUAAUGAGGGCGCAUCUACAAGCGACACGUUCGACGAGCAAUGGGGCGGCAACGCACUGGACGCGUUGAAUUACAUGACAGCUUCUGAUUGGAUGGGUAAUACGUCAAAUUCUGCAAGCCAAGGCUGUCACUUCCUAUUUAAUGGUAUCAGUCUGGGGCCCCGGAUUUUCGCUCAACAACCGGCUUUAUUUCUCUUCAUCCGAAAGCUCGUUUACGCGGCGAAUUCGACUAUCCCCCCGUUUCCUCCUUCAACUGAUUCGGCAAAGAUGACUCAGAAGUUCUGGAACCUCCGAGGGGAGAUGUUAUCUCUUGUCCAGAUUCUGACGGUUGUUUGUCCGGCUUACACCCUGUUUGGAUACAAUCAGUCGGGGCUUGGGAGUCUCGUUUCUCUUUCAGACUGGGUGAAACACUUCCCAUCAAUUGAUACCGUCAAUACCGAUGGUGUUGAGGCCAGUCACAAUGCCACAGUGCAAGGUGUGGUGAUAGCAACAUUCACACUGGGUGCACUGCCCGGUUGUUUAUCAUGCUCCUAUACCGCCGACAGAUUUGGACGGCGUCCGGUCAUCUUCUUGGGAGGACUGCUUGCUUUGAUUGGCCAAGUGCUAGAAGCAUCAUCAUACCAACUUGCACAAAUGAUCGUGGGUCGUACUCUGCUUGGAGCUGGAAUCGGAAUGCUGAGCGGCACCGUGCCAACUUGGCAAAGCGAGUGCUCCAGCUCCAAGAACCGGGGAAAGCACAUCGUGCUUGAUGGUCUUUUUAUUGCGCUCGGCUACAUGCUGCAAGCGUGGAUCAACUUUGGAUUCUAUCAGUUCAAAACGGGACCCGUGACCUGGCGAGCUCCGAUCGCCAUCCCCAUCAUCUUCGCCAUCAUCCUCCUCGUAUCGAUCGUCUACCUCCCCGAAUCCCCUCGAUGGCUCGUACGCCAACACCGCGUCGUUGAAGCGCGGACUGCACUGGCUUCUCUAAGAGAUCUUAGCCAUGAUGCACCGGCCAUAUCUGGAGAAAUUUCUAGCAUUGAAAGCUCUCUGGAAGAGACUGCACAAAGCGCCGCAUCUCUCAGGGAUCUCCUCAAAAUGGGAGAAGAUCGCCUGCUCUACCGUUUCUCUAUAUGCAUACUGCUCCAAUUCUUUCAGCAAAUGUCGGGAGGCAACCUGAUUUCGGUCUAUUCCUCCGUGAUUUUCGAACAAGGCCUAGGACUGGACGCUGAGACCGCUCGAAUUCUUUCCGGUGGUACCCUCACGUGGAAAUUCUUAUCAUGCUUUGUAUCAUUCUUCACAAUCGACAGAUUUGGUCGCCGCCUCGCCUUGACGGUCAGUGGUGCUGGGAUGGCUAGCUGCAUGUUGGGCUUAGCAAUCGCCACGUCUUUCCCACAUUCCAACUAUGCUGCCCAGAUCAUAAGUGUUCUUUUUGUGUUCCUUUUCAAUUUCUUCAUUCCGAUUGGAUUCCUGGGCGCCAACUUCCUCUAUUGUACCGAGGUGGCACCCAUCCGGCUUCGCGUUGCCAUGUCGAGUAUUUCUACUGCGAAUCACUGGCUUUGGAACUUUGUGGUCACUAUGAUAACGCCAGUGGCAAUCAAAACAAUUGGCUACAAGUACUAUAUCGUUUAUACAUGCAUUGGAGCAUUUAUCCCAUUCACCGUCUACUUUUUGUACCCUGAGACCAUGGGACGCUCACUCGAAGAGAUUGAUCUGAUUUUCCGGGAAAGUCCAUCGGUAUGGGCGACCGUUCGAUUUGCAAAAAGCCGGCCUAUCGAUCCCGGGUCCGAUCUGCCGCAUGGAGUUCAGGGGAAGUAUGAGGUAGAGCAUGAAGAGUACUCUACCAAGUCUUCGAUCCAGGGUGAAUGA